CUUAGUGGCGUCGUCCGAGAAAUUCCUGAUCGGCGUGAAAAAUCCAAAUUUGCCGCGCGCACUCGACGGUUUUCGAGAAAUUUGCGAUUGUCCCCACUGACACAGUUUCUCGUGCACCCGAGCGCACAAUCUACCGCACCCUGCAGAAGCCAUCGUCGAGACUGUUGUGAGACGGCCGCACGACGAGGAGCCGCGCCGUAUCAUCCAACGGCACGAUUUUUUCACUUUCCACAGUCCCACUACCGAUGCACUUCUCAUUUCUAUUUCCCAUAACAUUUGCAUUGCCUUCGACAUUGACACAAACGUGACUUUUGACAGCUGACGUAAAAAGAGAUGCGUAUAUCACUAUGCGUUGGUUAGACGGAGUACGAAUGAUACGAAAAUUGACAGAGCGUGCAAUUAUUAACCAACAUAACCUUACUUUUUAUAUUAACAAAUAUUACAAAUAAAAUACACUACAAAAUGAGUGUAUCGAUAGCAAGUAGAAUAAAUCUAGCGUUCCGCAGAUUCCAACAAACUCUUAAUGUGUUACUAGGACACCACCCACAUCCUCCAGAUGCCUAUUGCUUGGCAGGCGUUGGAAUUGAGAGGCCCCCGAGAGAAGCCCCGUUUUCUAUCGAAUCUCUUAUCGGCGAUGGGUUCUUAUGGGCCGUACCGAAGAGUCGAAGAUCCCUGGAAAAACGAUUGAAAAGGAAAUUCGGCCAUCCCGAUUACAUAUGGAAACUACUAAAGCCCAAGACCGAUUUGAAGACAUGCACCGUCUGCGGGGACGAUCACGAAGCCGGCGUGUUGUGCCCCACAUGUUACAAGAAAGUGAUCGAGGAGACGAGGGCGAUGCAGGAGCAGAUACAAAACGAGCUCAAACUGGAGCCGGUGGACAAAGAGGUGGUGGUUUUGUACGAGGGGGAGAAGAACGAGAAGCCCGAAGAGUAUUACGAGGGGAAGAGAAUCGUGGAGAUGGCGAAACCGAGACCGGCCUGGUUCAGCAGGAAUUUGCUGCAGGAGACCACGCAGAAGAACGCCACCACUAAGGAAGUGAAACCCACCGAUCUGGGAUAGUUCAGUAUCGAAGCUGAAAUUAGUUA